UUUGACGAGUAUAAAUCAAAUGCUUAGGUCUCUUUAAUUUUGUUAAAAAUGCAACAAAUAGCAAUUGAUAGAUUCCUAAUGGCAAUGAGCGUUUUAUUAACAUCACCUGAAAAUUAUCUACAAAUAAACUCACAAGAUGUAGAUAUAAGACCAUUUAUGCGCACUGGCGUUGUUGAUGUAGUAGAGCAAACUUGCAAUAUACCGGAAAUGAGGAAUCUAAGCAGCGUCUUAAGCGCAGUGAUGGACAAUCAGUUGGCAAUAAAUCGUAGAGUAAAAAACAUUAUGGAUGAUCUAAAAACAAACGCAAAGUACUUUGGCGGUAACCACGCUCUCAGUUGUGACAAUCAACAAGUCGGAGAAGUCAUUAUAAAGCUGCCCAAUUUGCCAACUGCCUUCCCGGUGCGAUGCGUAAGCAAUGAAUACGGCGACAAUUGGUUAUUGAUCGCUCAACGCGAUGUUGAGAGCAAAUUGUUGUACAAUACCACAACGCAAUCAAUAGAAAAUAGUGUUGGUGACCCACAAGGGGAGUAUUUUAUUGGUUUUAAAAAAUUACGCGCCAUAACUGAAAGUUAUCUGUGCGAGUUGCUGUUUGUUUUUCAGAAAAGUGGCGAACAAAAUUUUUAUGAUCAUUUUGAAGCUGUUGCAUUUGGUGCUGAUAAUAUGGUAAAAAUGCUGGGUCAGCAUAAAACCAAUGGAUUUCGUAUAUUUGAACCCGUGUCAAGGCAUGCGAAUGCCGUGAAUUCGAUGUUGGCUUUGAAAUCGGCUUAUUUUACAGUAACAGUAUAUUUGAGAAGAACCACAUUGGAUGUGAUUCCACAACUGAAGAAAACAACAUAAGGCGAAAAGUGGUGAAGCCACAUAAAUAUAUUUACGUAAAUUUAGCUUCUUCAUAAAUAUAGUACUUAAAUAUUUACAGACUCUUAUUUGACGAUAAAUACUUACUGAUUUAAUUUAUUCAUACAAAUGUAUGCAUGUUACAUACAUGUAUAAUGUACGAUGUAUAAUGUAUAAAAAGUUUCGAAAGAUGUACAUUAGGAUAUACAUAUGUGAGUUGGGUCGAUUUUAAAAUGUCUCAAAAAAUCGAUUUUUUUAUACAAAUGUUUACACAUUUUACCAACAAAAUCAAAAUAAUGAGAUUAGUCCAGCUCACGUAAAUCCUAAUAUUUUCUCGAAAUGUUUUGCGAAAGUUUUCAAAUAUAACCAAUUUUAUAAUCCCGU